AUGAUGGUGGACAAGAAGAAACCCAAUCAGCAGAACCUUGAGCCCUGCAGAAACUACAAAAAUGAACUGAGUUUACUAUCUGAUGAGAAAGCGAAUGAAGUAGUGGGAAGAUCACUUAAAAUAUAUUAUGUUGUAGAAAGUUUAAGAAUUACAAAUACAUUUGAAUACAAAAUCAAUGAAUUUGUUGAAGCUCAUAUGUUUAUCAUAGAUCAAGAAGUUCAAUUGUUUUUAAAAAAACCCAAACCUAACGAAGAUGAACUUACUGUAGAGUCUAUAUAUUCUGGAAUGGCUGGAAUUGCCUUGCUAUACAAUUUUUAUGCUAACAAAACACAUAACAAAAAUAAAACUAUUGAGGCUAAGCUGAUCAUCGAAAAAUGUUUGUCAAUAUUAGAUGAAAACUCUGAUAGUGUAACAUAUUUAACUGGGAAAUCAGGUAUAUUUGUAACAGCUACUGAAAUUUAUCGAGAUCUUGGUGAUAUUAAAAAUGCAAAAAAAAUGAUUGAAAAAGUUGUGGAUCUGUUGCCAUUAGCAUUGAAUCAAAAAAUGCCCGAUGUUUUACUUUAUGGACGAGCUGGAUAUCUAUACUCUUUACUUAUACUUAAAAAACUUGGAUGGGAGGACCCAGAUAGAGAUAAACUGAUACGUAAGGUUGUGCUAUCAAUUUUUAACAACGGUAUACAGACAUGUGAUAGAGAUAAACCAAGAAGAACUUCUCUCAUGUACAAAUGUCACAACAAAAAAUACUUGGGGGCAGCUCAAGGUUUAUCGGGUGUUAUACAUUGCCUUCUUCUAGCAAAAAGUUAUCUAACAAAAAGUGAACUGGACGAUCUUAUUAAGCCAGCUCUUGACUACUUAUUGACACUGAGGUAUAAAUCUGGAAAUUUACCAGUUUCUUUGUGUAAUGAUCCUGAUCAUUUAGUUCAGUGGUGUCAUGGUGCUUCGGGUGUCACACACACUUAUGCACUAGCUUACAAAGUUUUUCUAGAUGAGAAGUACCUUAAUGCAGCAGUACAAUAUGGUGAUAUUGUAUGGAAACGUGGCUUAUUGACUAAAGGAUAUGGACUGUGUCAUGGCGUUAGUGGAAAUUCUUAUGCUUUUAUGUCAUUGUUCCAAUUAACUGGAAAAACUAAAUAUUUGUAUCGAGCUGCAAGGUUUGUUGACUGGUGCUUAACAACCAACCGUCAAAAUAGAAUACCUGACAACCCAUAUUCAAUGUUUGAAGGCGUUGCUGGUGUUACAUAUGCUCUAAUAGAUGUGCAAGAUCCUAUAGGAGCCAAUUUACCAGGAUUCUAA